CCUCGCGCCUGCGCGGAGCGGCGGCCCGGCUGUGGCGGGCGGUUAGGAGGCGGUCAGCUUCUCUCACUGGUCUGCCGGCUAUGACGAUCACCUACAGCUGCGUUGCUAAUGGUCGAGCGGUCCUGGCGGAGCUAGCCUUGACCGGCGGCUCCUAUCAGGAAGCGGCUGCAAAGGUGCUUAGGCAAGCGCUUCUGAAAGCUGAGCCGACGACCAUAAUUCAAAUAGGAAGCUAUGUCUACCACACUCUCUUUAUUGACGGAAUCACUUAUUUGUGUGCUACAGACAAUGGCUUGGACACCAUGGCACCAUCUGCAUUUCUUAGACAAGUUAGUGAUAUUUUUACAAGAAUUCCUUUGAUGUCACAAGAACACUUUUUUCCUUCAAAUGCACUUGCUACAGAUUUUCAACAAAUACUAGCACAGCACAUGAUGGAAUACAAUAAAAAUGGAAGUCGCAUGGUGCUGUCGACAGUGAAGAGUCAAGUGUCUGAUGUCAAAAGUAUUAUGUUAAGAAACAUCGACACAAUUCUAGAAAAAGAAACAGAAACAGUGAGAAUCCUCACGGAAGAGGCUGGUGACCCCCAGGCAACUGCUGAAGAACUUGAAAACAGCAAGAAGAUGCCCAAGAGGACAUGGUGGAAGUGCUUCAAGAUCGUAGUCACCACCCUUGCCAUCCCCCUGUCAAUCAUUAUCAUCCUCUUGAGUGCACACGUAAUACCCACCUGACCAAUAAAGUGUUGUGUGGCAUUACA